CGCCGUCUCCUCCAAUGGGAGCGGCCGUUGCUCGCGCUCCCGGCCUGCUCCGCGGCGGGGCAACAUGGCGGCGCCCAUGGCUGCGGCGGUGGCGCGGGGCCUACGCUGCGCCCUCAGGGCCGCGUCGGCGGGUCCGCCCUCACGGCGUGCAGUGGUCCUCCUGGAGAGCUGUGCCCGCUGCAGCGGGAGCGGUUCGGCGCUGGGCCACAUCCUGGGACUCCCCGGCGAGCGGCCAACCCCGGCCCUGGGCCAGCACCCGCCGCCCGUGGCCACCAGCAGAGAGGAGCAGGCCCGCCUGGUGCGGGGCCACCCUGACCAGCCCCCGGAGCCCAAGGUGCUGAGAAUUGCCAUCAUCGGAGCGCCCAAUGCCGGGAAGUCCACGCUCUCCAAUCAGCUCUUGGGCAGAAAGGUUUUCCCAGUCUCGAAGAAAGUGCACACGACCCGAUGCAAAGCGCGUGGUGUCAUCACACAUGAGGACACGCAGCUGAUCAUUCUGGACACGCCUGGUCUCACUAGUCCCUUGAAAGCCAAAAGGCAUAAACUAGAGGCGGCCAUGCUGACAGACCCAUGGGACAGCAUGAAACAUGCAGAUCUAGUUCUGGUUUUAGUGGACGUGUCAGACCACUGGACACGAAACUCUCUGAGCCUGGAGGUGCUGCAAUGUCUUUCUCAGUUUCCCCAGAUUCCCAGUGUCCUGGUUCUGAACAAGGUGGAUCUGCUAAAGAAGAAGUUCAUCCUACUGGGACUCAUAACUGAGCUAACAGAGGGAAUUGUAAAUGGAAAGAAACUGAAAGUGGGGUCUGAAUUUGAAUAUAAUUCCAGUUCUCCUGCAAAAACUGUUCUGAAAGCCACUCAGGCUUCUCCACCUGAGAGUAGGACUCAGGAGCCUCCUUGUCAGCCGGAAAAAGAUAAAGCCCAGGAAGGCUCUAGCUUGGAUAACAGCAGCGAUGUGAAGGCUUCUGAGUCCAGUCUUGUUACAGAAGCACGAGAGAGAAAGCCCUCCAAAUAUGGAGAUUUGAAAAAUAGGAAGGGCUGGCCACAUUUCCGAGAUAUCUUCAUGCUGGCAGCUCUCAGUGGAGAGGAGGUGGAUACGCUGAAGCAAUACCUCCUGAUGCAAGCCAAGCCAGGUCCAUGGGAAUUCCACAGUGGGGUCUUGACCAGCCAGUCGCCUCAAGAGAUCUGUGAUAAUAUCAUCAGGGAGAAGUUACUGGAGUACCUGCCACUGGAAGUCCCCUAUGGUGUGACUCAGGUGACAGAGCUAUGGGAGGAAGGGCCAAGCGGAGAGCUCAUCAUUGUGCAGAACCUCGUGGUCCCAAGAAAGUCUCAUAAGCUGAUGUUGAUUGGAAGACGAGGUGCCGUUAUCAGCAGGAUUGCUCAGGAGGCCGGGCAGGACCUGAUGAACGUUUUCCUCUGUGACAUCCGCCUGAAGCUCAAGGUGGAGGUGAAGAGUUGAACUCUGUGUUGGUUUUGACAGCCACUGAGCUCAUGUGGAGAAACUGGUCCUGUUUUCUGCUGCAGGUAUCUUAACACCUUUGUUUAGUUCAGGAACAGAGGGUGAUGGAAUCAAGACAGCGGGCUAAAGUAGAAUAUAUUAUUCUUUAGGGGAAUGGCCCAAAUGGUAAUCAAAUCUUCAGAUCUAUAGUGUCGUAUGGAACCUGGGGACGCACAUCACAGUACCACCAGUGCAGUUCCAGCACAUUCACAGAGCUGUCAUCUUCAUCAGGGCUGUGCCCCACAUCCUUGCUGGCAAAUGUUCGUGCUUGGAAAUUCAGAAUAACUUGAGUCAAGAGUCUGGCCCAAAAAAGGAAGGGUGAACAUUGUGAUUCUUUGACGUGUGAGGGAACAUCUCCUGUCUUUUAGCAGACAGAGGGUUGCAGCGAAGGAUUAUCAGCAGCCAUCUAUCAUCUCUUCUGAAGGCUGAGUGAUUCCAGCAGGGGUAAUGCAGGAGGCAGAGGCUCCCCUAGCCCACACAGUGGUCUCAUUUUUGCAGUGCUCCUUGCCCUGUACUCUGUUGAAGUUCAUGGGUGUGAGCACAGCUGUCUGAGGAGUCAGUACUGCCAAGGGAGGGUCUUAGUGCCUCCACACACCUUGUUUUCGGUGCCCGGUGGGGUCCUGCCUUCACCUCCUUUUGGCAGUUUGGCUGAUGAAUGAAAGCUGAGGGGUUGUGUCUGAAGACGCCGUGAGCAGCAUUGCGUAGGUGCUUGCUUUUCAUACACAGACAGAUGGCAACUCUUUUCUUAGGGACUCGAAUAGUUUAUUGCAGGAACGUUACUACAAAGCCGCUACUCUUUGCACUAGGAUAGAAAGCUAGAGAGUGGCUGAGCUGCAGAAGAGCUCGUGGUUGGAACAGCAGCUCAGGUGGGGCUUGAGAUCAGUCUCACAAGGCUGUACUGCAGCACUGCACUGGCAUUUACAAGGGUUUCUGGGAAGAAGCUCUGUGCUGUUACAAGCAGACACCCCUGGGCUGGAGGAAUGGGGCUGCUGGGGGCUUCUGCCUGGAACCUAAACCUGCUGAGCAAGGGCUCUGUGCCACCGUCCUUCUGCAAGGGGCUGCUUUACCAGCCUGCACUGAGCCAUCGAUACCGCAGCAGGAGCAUCAGGUCAUCCAGAAUCCACCUGAAAAAGCCUUCAGUGGGCGGACGCUGGCUUUCCUCCACCCUUCGGCAGCACCAUUCCGUGAAUCCUUCUCACCCAUGUAUUUUUCUUUUCCUUGCAAUAAAGCCAGGGCGUUCGAUUAAAACAAUCGCGCAGAUGAAGCGAGACAGUUA